GCCUUCCACGACAUGGUCACCAAGCUUGACGGGGUGCAUCCUUGCAUACUUCACUCAAGACUAGAGCCGCCUCAACGCUUCUCUGCCCUUUGUCGGCUACAUCUCUGCUCAAGCACCGGCAGACUCUCCACUCGUCUCGAUCUCUGUUCCUGACCUGAGCGCAGCUUCUUCGACUUCUCAAUCCUCGUCAUUUCGGAUAAAGCUCGACCUCGCAACACAAGAUCGCUGAUAUCGACUUUGCAAAGAGCAUCGGUCGGGCCCUCGGAUCUCGAGCUCUCUUGGAGGCCCUAUAGGUGCUCACCUUCCCAUAGCAUGUCAUCAGAAGAUGCACUCGCAGCUCUCCAGCUCUCUCAGAAGUACCGAUCGCAGGGUGACCUGGCAGGUGCGCUCAAGUGGGCCAAGAAGUCCAAUGCUAUCCGACCUACAAGCGAAGCGGAGGUGGUGAUCAGGCGGUUAGAGAAGGAGAUGGAAGCUGGUGGGCCAUUUGCAAACGGGGAGCCUUCGACGUCCGCAUCGACGUCCGCAUUCGCAUCCACGUCCAAUGGCUCCAACCUGCGCAGUCGGACAACAGCUUCAUCUAGAUCCGCACCCAAUCUCACUGCAGGGGCGAGAGAGAAGGAGAAGGAGAAAGUGAGAGAAUUUACGCCUGAGCAAGCUGCUGUCGUCAAGAGAGUCAACGAGGCGGGCAGAAAGAAUGACUUUUACGCGGUGCUGCUAUUGAAGAGGGAGGAAAAGCCGGAUGAGAAUGCCAUCAAGAAGGGCUAUAGAAAGCUGGCUCUACAGCUUCAUCCUGACAAGAAUGGCGCGCCGGGAGCAGACGAGGCAUUCAAAAUUGUUUCGAAAGCAUUCACGAUCCUGUCCGAUCCAGACAAGAAGGCAAUGUACGAUAGGCAUGGUGGUGAUCCGGAGCAGAGAGGUGGAGGCAUGGGAGGAGGCGGAAUGGGCGGGCACCCGUUCGCUAGAAGUACGAGAACGUACGAUGGCGGGUUCGGCGGUGCUGAGAUCGAUCCGCAGGACCUCUUCAACAUGUUCUUUGGUGGAGGCGCAGGCAUGAAUGGCAUGGGUCCAGGUAUGCACUUUUCAUUCGGCGGACCGGGUAUGGGAGGAACUCGAGUGUACAGAUCGGGUGGAGGAGGAACGAAUGCGCGAGCAGGUGCGAGGCGGGGUCAGCAGCAAGAUCCGCAGGCAUCGCCUCUCCUUCAACUCUUGCCGCUCCUGAUCCUCGGUCUGUUCUCACUGCUCACUUACUUGCCGUCCAUGUUCGAGACCGCGGAUCCUAAGUUCGCAUGGGCGCCGAGCGGCAACUUGAGAGAGCAAAGGUUUACACCUAGGCAUGGAGUGUCCUACCACGUCGACAAGGUCUCUUGGGAGAAGCAUCCGAUUGUGCAGGCUUCGGUCAGCAACUCGCCAGGAGCCGGUGCCGGGCUGCGACGCUUCGAAGAUCGAGUAGAGAAUCAGUGGAAAAAUAUACUGUACUCGGACUGCGAGAGGAGGCGGGAUCAUCAGAUGAGGAGGAUACAGAACACGCGGGGCUUCUUGGGUAUCGGAGCGGAACCUGAGCUGGAACGCAAAAUCAGAUCCGAAAAGUACGAGUCGUGCGAUCGUUUACUGGACUUUGGCAUCCAGAUGUAGUUUGCCCGGGCUAUCAAUAGAAUCAAGAAUCAGAGUUGAGCAGAGAGGGUUCGUUGCAACACACUGGUACCAGGCAAAGUAUUGGGAACCUGCAUCGAGGAUCCAGACCAACACAUGCCGGCCCAGGGCGAUGUUGCGCCUUAUUGGUCUCGGGCACCCUUCCGACGUCAU